GUGGUAAGUGGCAGCCGCUCCGCGCGGACACAAGCUCAGUAUUGUGUCAACAACUCGCGAGUGUUGCAGCGCAAACCGCUGCCAUUUGUAAAAGGCUCCUCAGUGCGUCAAACGUCAACAAUCAACCUUACAAAUGUCAGGUGACAAAUCCAUGGUGUUUGGUGAUGGAGGUCUGUCGCCGGACGACUACACGUACAGUAAAGACUUUCGUACUGCCUUGCCACAGUUCUUGGCCGUCAGCGCGAAGAACUUGGUGCUUUUAGGAUAUGGAAUGACGCUUGGAUUCUCCACUAUACUCAUGCCAGCCGUUCUGGAUCCCAAAGAAGGCGAAGUUCUACAUUUAAAUAAGUCAGAAAUUUCAUGGAUCAGUUCCAUUAAUCUCAUUAUAGUGCCUUUAGGAUGUGCACUAUCGGGUGUUGUCACGUCACCAAUCGGGCGUCGAAGGGCUAUGCAGAUGGUCAACGUUCCCUUCUGCAUAGCUUGGUUGAUGUUCCACUUUGCAACAAGCACGGGACAUUUAUAUGGUGCCCUCUUCAUUACCGGUCUAUCAGGAGGCUUACUAGAAGCACCAGUGCUGACGUAUGUGGCUGAGAUCACACAGCCGCAUCUCCGCGGCGCCCUGACGGCCACCAGCUCCCUGUGCAUCAUCCUGGGCGUCUUCACACAGUUCCUCUUCGGCAUAUUCAUGUAUUGGAGGACUGUGGCCUUAGUCAACAUCGCAUUCACGGUAACGGCUAUUAUUGCCCUCUGUUUCGUGCCUGAGUCUCCGCAUUGGCUGGUGUCUAAGAAGCGUUUUGAUGACGCUAGAAGGAGCUUACAAUGGCUUCGUGGUUGGACAACUCCUUCUGCUGUGGAAAGUGAACUCCGUGACAUACAGGUGUUGUUCAAAAGGGAGAAAAAAGAUUUGAUAGAAGUUGAAGAAACAAUGUCUGAAAAAGUGUCCUAUUAUACGAGAAAGAGUUUCAUGUUGCCGUUUUUCCUUGUGACUUUCACGUUCUUCGUUGGUAACUUUAGUGGGAUGACAACAUUGCAGACAUACGCAGUGUCAAUAUUCCAAAUGCUGAGGGCGCCUAUUGACAAGUACUACGCAACAUUGAUCCUUGGAGUGCUGCAGAUAGUGGGUGCAGGAACUUGUGUCUUGUUGGUUCACUACACUGGCAAGCGACCCCUCACACUUUUCUCCACUGGUGGAGCUGGAAUUUGUUGCAUACUGGUCGCUAUUUACGACAUAUACAUCAAAACUAAUGGUUUUACUGAAGCAUUGCAAUCAAGUAAUGCUACAUUGACUGCGAUUAACAAUUCGUCAAAUGAAAUGCAAGAAGAACCGAGGAACCCGUACUCUUGGAUGCCGAUGACGCUACUGAUGCUAUUAGCUCUUCUUGCACACACUGGCUUAAGAUUGCUCCCUUGGAUUCUAAUUGGCGAGGUUUUCAGUGCCAAAACACGUUCGGGUGGUGCUGGAGUAUCAAGCGCCAUUGGCUAUUUGUUCGGGUUUUUAACAAACAAACUAUACAUAAGCAUGGUGGACACUUUGUCAAUAUGGGGCACUUACGGCUUUUACGGAAUCGUAUGUUUUGUUGGAGUCGUCGUGUUCUACUUCAUUUUACCUGAGACCGAGGGUAAAAAAUUAAACGACAUUGAAAACCAUUACGCUGGAAGAUCCAAACUUAACAACCAAGUUUAUAGAUCUCGGAGGAAAGCGUCGAAAGAUGUUUCUAAAAUGCAUGAAAUGAAAGGUGCUGCGAAUCCGACAUUCGAGGAUGAUACUUCAAAAUUAUAGUUGUACUUUGUAGAUUUCGAGUGCAUAGGUACUUGUGCAAGAAAGCCAGCAAUGAAAUUGUACAAUGCUACGAUCACCAUAGUUUAUAUUUACCAUUGUAAGAAUAUUGUAAGAAUGUUGUAAAUAUUUACUGCAUCGGACCUCGCCUUCCUAUUUUGAGUAACUACUUAGAUCUUAGCUAAGUAACGUUUUUAAUUUAAUUUUUCGUCUUUUAAAGUCUAUAAUACUGUAUGCGUGUUAGUAUGUUUGUCCCAAUUUCCUUCACAGCUUACAUCGCUAGAUAAGUAUAAGAUAGUUCGAUAGUUGUCUUUAAUUAUAAUUUUAUGCAGACGAAUUUAUAUAGGUAGGUAAUUAUAGAUAAACAAAAUAAACAACUCAACCUAAUGGAUUUAAUUAUGACGAUUUAAACAUUUCUACUUUUAUUUUUGCCAGUGGGAAAUGAAAAGAGUUUGGACUUUCCCACAUCUAAAUAUCUGUGAUCAAUUAUAAUAUAUUUAAGUAAUUUAAACUGUUUGAUAAAUAAUCUAUAGAUAUAGUGAUAUUCAUUGUGUUCUUACUUAUAUUUUAAUA